AUGGCGUCCUGCGCGGCGCGACGCGUGGCUGUCACGACGACCUACUCGCACGACUCUUCGCUGCGCGACAGCGACGUUAACGGUUCGCUGGAUGAUAUUGUCGAGGCGGCUUAUUCCGCUGCUGUCGCCGCCAGGAGUAAAGCCAGGGCGACCACACUUGAACCCACCGCCGCCGCCGCUAAAACUGCCUCGGAAGCCGCCGCAUUUACGGCCCCUCCCGGCGUACUUCGCGCGGGAACGUUGGCGGCGCGGCGGAAACUCCAUUGCGGCUCGCUGCGCCUCGACGUGUCUGUUACUAACGUUGACCCCGCUGAUGAUCUAGACGUUGCGAAUGAAUUGGAUGGUCGCCACGGCAUUGCUGGCGCGAGUGACGAUCACUUUUCCUUCGAGACGCCGCCGCAGGCGACGCUGCCACCGGCGGCUGUAGUAGCGACGUCGCCCACGGUCGCAUGGUCGUCGCGCGGGCGACGGUUCCGCAAGUCGUCCUCCGCGUCCGCCGCUCCCCUCUCCGUCGCCGACGGAAGCCGCGCCACGAAUGCGAACGACGCCGCGUCGCGACAGGCGGCAGACUUCUCGGCAGCAACAGCGGCAUCGCUGGCAGCGGCGGCGUUUCCGCGAGCUGCGUCGGCUGGCGCCGCGUUUGAUAAGCCCCCGCGCAGCCCACUGGCUUCCCUCACGAUCGCCCCCACCUUCCCACCGCUCGGCGCGCAGCAGCUCUCACCGGACGCAGCUGGUCAUGUGGACGAUCCACGUGGCACCACCACCUCCUCGAACAAGCCCCAGCGCCGCAGGAGGCAGAAUCGUCAUGAUCAUCCGGCGGCGGAGCCAGCUGCGCGGCGGCAGCUCGCGGCCCCACAGGCAGCUGCGCGGCAGCUCGCGGAGCUGGCGCGCGGGGGGCUGCUCUCCCCAGCUAUUCUCACUGCUAAUUUUGCCUCUACUGGUGCUAGCCUGAGGCGCUCUGGUAGCAGCCGUAGGGGUUCCACUGCUCCCUCCACUCCAACGGGCCUGCUAACCACUUCUACGACCAGGGCCCCUGUUCCUAGCGGGGGAUCCGCAUUGACGAGUCCCAUCGCUGUGGUCAGACUGAGCAGCCGCGUGGGGUUCGUCAACUGGCGCCACCUGCCCCAUCGCCCCGGCACCGCACCGCACCCUGCAUCGCCGCAGUCCAUCUCACCGCAUUCCGCGUCACCGCACUCCGUCUCCCCGGACACGACAUCUAGAGUGGUGGUCGCCAAGCGUGCCAGCAGCAAUGGUGAUGGCCGGCGACAGAGCUUCACGCUCGGUGACAGCCUUGGUGUUGCUGAAGCAGCAAGCCAUGGCGGUGCAACGGAGAUUGGUCAGGGGAUGUCCCGCAGCCAAAGCUGGAGCGAUGGCAAGGCCCCGGCGAGAAAUGUUCCCUGUCCUGGUGCUGGUGUUCCUGCUGCUUCCGUCGCUACUGCUGCUGCUGCUGCUGCUGCUGCUGCUGCUGCUGCUGCUGCUGCUGCUGCUGCUGCUGCUGCUGCUGCUGCUGCUGCUGCUGCUGCUGCUGCUGCUGCUCCCGCUGCCGCUGCUGCUGCUGCUGGUGGAACUUCAGGAGUCGCCGACCGAUUAGGUGACUCUGGCGACGGAAGCGCUGUCGUCGCUGGUCCGCGGAGAGUGACUGGUUCUGGUGACGAAAUCGCAGAAAGCGGGCUGGACACGGAUGGUGGGAAAGCGGGGGAAAAUGACAAUUUCCAUAACGAAGAUGACAAUAACGAAGCCUCUAACUGGGCGACGCUUCUGGAGGAAAAGCCUCGUAACGCAGGCAGCAACAGCGGCCACCUAACAGCUACUGCAGCAGCGGCCGCUGCUGACGACGACGAUUCCGAUGCUGGCGUGGGCGCGGUCGACGCGGGGCACGAGAGCGCAACUCCCGCGAAGCUUCCUGCCCAUUUCCUCCCGUUGACGCACGACAUGGGGGACGAGGAACUCUUUUGGCGCGCAUCCAUGGUACCCCUGCGCCGCCGCAGGCGCCCGCGCGGAAGUGGCGCGGGCGGCGGAGCGGAGGGGGAAGGAGGGGGCGGCGGAGGAGCGGGCGGAGGGGGGAGGCGCAGUAUAGGGCCGGCGAAAGUGGCGCUAUUGUUCUAUAGCGCGGGAACGAUGCCGUUUGCGCCGCUGUGGACUAGAUGGUUAGAGGGUCAUGAGGACAGAGUGUCAGUCUAUGUGUUAACCGACAAGACGAAAUAG